GAUCGCACCCGCGACAAGAUCCGCGACAAGCGCCCUCAGCGCGCAUCCCGUAAGAAGCUGGCGGCUGCCAAGCGGGGCAAGAAACGAUAUCAAGAGGACUUCGCAGAGAGAGCAAAGCGCAAGCAUCGAGUGUUGAAAUCCUGCAGGGAGGCGCCUCGCGCGAAUCGGAGGCCGGCGAUGCCGAAGAGCGCCGGGGCAGAGCGUGCUGGUGUCCUCGGCAGGGAGGGCAGCUGGAAGCAGACGGCGGAAGAGUCUGCCAGGCUCUGCCAGCAGGACGGCCCCAGUCACUUACCGCCGUGUUACGCGGGGCUGGACCAGGAACACCAGCGGAGGCCGACCUCGCAAAUGCGCGGGUGCCUGGAAGACGCGCAGUGGGCAACGCAGUGCUACCUG